GUGGUGAGUGGAACUUUCACUGGUUGUGCAUCCUUCACCAUGGUGACCACACGAGGAGGAACAAGUACCACCCCGUAUAGCAAAGAACAAGAAGAGCAAGCCGCCACCCUGCUGAGAGAGAAAAGGGAUGGUGGAGAAAGAGCUCAUAAAGCAGUCGAAGAUGCUGGCCUUGAUAGAAGAGCAGAAGGCCAACCAAAAGCAAAUGGAAGAGGAGAUUAAGAAAUGGGAGAAAGAACAAGAGGAGAAAGUGGCGGCGAUAGAUGCAGAAGUGGAAGCAGAAGCAGAGAAAGAGGAAGAAUGGGUAGUAGAGGUUCCCCUGCAAAGGAAUGUAAGGAUGGAAGAAAGAGGAGAAUCCAGUAUGGCGCCCAAACUAAAAGCAAAAAUGGAGAAGAUGGCAACACGGUGGGUGGCCAAUCUGGCCCUGGGGGAGGAAGAGGAAGCAUCCUUGCUUGUCCCUCAGGGCGAGAGGGAGGCGUUUGCAACGGAGUUGCAGCGACAGACCAUGGAGGAGGAGAAAAAGUUGGAAUGGAAGUUUCGUCUUACUAGGGAAAGGAGGCGGCGAUUGGCGGCAGCUGAAAUGAUAGAGAAGGCCUUGAGGACCGCCAAAGAGCAAAGAAGGCAAUUGGCAGCACAAGAAGACCUCAAGCAGAAAAUACAGAUUUUGUUCCAGAAUAUGGACGUAGUAUUGCGAGCCCAGUAAGAACAAUAGCGUUACUUAAGAGGCCACGAUAUUGCCUUGCAGUCCAUGCACAUAUGUUUUAAGGAUUUUGCUAGGGAUA